AAGGCCGCCUCAUUGGUCCCCGCAGUCGGGACUCCGGCGGCUUUUCUCUUAGUGCUCAGGGCGCCGACCCACUUCUCUUCCUCCAACCGAGCGCUCCUUUCCUUUCUAAGUGCCCGGAGUUGCCAGCCUGAAGGGGUCCGGAUUGAGCUAGGCCAGGCACCAUGACGACCCUGGAUGAUAAGUUGCUGGGGGAGAAGCUGCAGUACUAUUACAGCAGCAGUGAGGAUGAGGACAGCGACCACGAGGACAAGGACGGAGGCGGGGGUGCCCUGGCCGGCAGUUCCAUGCCCGCAGAUGCUGAGCUGGCAGGCGAAGGCGUCUCAGUUAACACAGGUCCAAAAGGCGUGAUCAACGACUGGCGCCGCUUCAAACAGCUGGAGACGGAGCAGCGGGAGGAGCAGUGCCGCGAGAUGGAGAGGCUGAUCCAGAAGCUGUCCCUGAGCUGCCGCUCCCAUCUGGACGAAGAGGUGGAGCAACAGAAGCAGAAAGACCUCCAGGAGAAAAUCAGUGGGAAGAUGACUCUGAAGGAGUUUGCCAUGAUGAAUGAGGACCAAGACGAUGAGGAGUUCCUGCAGCAGUACCGGAAGCAGAGAAUGGAAGAGAUGCGGCAGCAGCUUCACAAGGGGCCCCAGUUCAAGCAGGUCUUUGAGAUCCCGAGUGGAGAAGGGUUUUUGGACAUGAUUGACAAAGAGCAGAAGAGCACCCUCAUCAUGGUCCACAUCUAUGAGGACGGCAUCCCAGGGACCGACGCCAUGAACGGCUGCAUGAUCUGCCUCGCGGCGGAGUACCCGGCUGUCAAGUUCUGCCGGGUGAAGAGCUCGGUGAUCGGGGCCAGCAGCCGCUUCACCAGGAACGCCCUGCCUGCCCUGCUGAUCUACAAGGGGGGCGAAUUGAUUGGCAAUUUUGUUCGCGUCACUGACCAGCUGGGGGAAGAUUUCUUCGCUGUGGACCUGGAAGCUUUCCUCCAGGAGUUUGGGUUGCUCCCAGAAAAAGAAGUCUUGUUGCUGACGUCUGUGCGUAACUCUGCCACCUGCCACAGCGAGGAUAGUGAUUUGGAAAUAGAUUAAACGGCUGGUCUCGUUGCAUAGAUUUCUCAUUGUUGGGGCUGGAAGAUGCACGUCUGUGUGUUUAUUUCUGUUCUUUUCUGUGUCUUCUGGCUUUUCAGCUGUUCUUUGUAGUCCCUCUUAUGAUACAUACAGUCAAGAAGUUCUCAGAUUAAAUCAGAAAGCUGAAUCACCUUGUGGCCAGCAAUAACGUGACUUAACAUUGUAUAAAGAGGAAGCUAGGCUUUUGAACUGUUUACUUAAGAUUCUCUACCAUAACAUCUCUGUUACUGUUUCCAGUCAAUAUUUACAUAGCAUCCUAAAGCCAGUGUCCUGGAAAUUGUCUUCAGGUGAUCCCAUAGGCCUCUGCCAGGUCUGGGAGUAUAAUUCUAUAGUUAGUGUGUUAUUUGCAACAUAAAUAAUGCAUUUACUUCAUCAAAUGAUUGUAAAUUAUAUUUACUUGUAAUCAGAUCCAUAGCCCUAGGAGGCAGUUAAAUUUCUUCCCCCCAGACCCUCUUCUCUCCUAGGGUCUUACUUCAAGGUUCCGGACCACAUGUGUCUGCCCCAUCAAGAGGGGUGACCUUUGCUGCAGGAGUUGACGUCCUGCUCGAGCAUAGUUGAGUUUACAGUAGGAGGAAGGAUCGAGGUGGCCUGCCCUCUUGACGCUGGAAGGUCAGCUUGACUUAAAAAUUAGAGCUAGGAUGGAGCUGGGAAGUCUUUUUAAAGGAAAUUACUCCUGCUCAUCUGUUUCCCUGUUUCUCUUAUUUAACAAGGUAAUUUUUUUGUUUAAUGUAACUUUUGCUAAAACUUUUUUUUUUGCAUAUUGAAUAAGUAACUAAUAUUCAGUAGAAGAAAUUUACCAAAAUACAGAAGCAAAAUAAGAAAAUUAGAAUAACUUCUAAUCCUACCAUCUAGAGUAAAACACUAUUUAUAUUUUGGGAUAUUUCCUUCUAGGGUGUUUUCUUUGUAUACACAGACAUUUGUUUGCUUGUUGUUAAACGAAACAGUGGGAUCAUUCUGAACAUACUGUUUUAUAGUAUGGUCGGCUGAUAUAUCAACCUUUUUUGUGUGUGUAAUUAAAUACUCUUCUACAGCAUUUAAAAAUGGCUAUUUAUUCCAUCGUAUUGAUGUGCUAUAAUUUGCUUGGUGGUUGUCUCUUAAAAAGAAAAACAACAAAGACUUUUUAUUACAAAAGUAAUAAAAGUUCAUUGUAGAAAAUGUAGCAAAAAUUGUCAAGCUGAAAAGAGAUUGAGAAAGCCUUUAUAUUUCCACCAACCAAAAAGAAUCCCUGUUAUCAUUUAACAGGUAUCUUUCUGGUCUUCUUUCUGUGUAUUUAUAAUAAUGACUGUCUUUUGAGUUUUUUCUCCUCUUGUUUUUUACUUUAAAAUGUGCACAUUGUAGGGACCGGGAAAAUGUAAUCUGGAAUUAAAUAUUAGCUUUAAAGUUCACCGUUUUGCUUUUCUUGUCUAUUUAGGAAUUGACUAACUGUGGAAGGGUCUUGACAAUGUCUCUUGUAGUUAAUCAACAGAAAGAAAGUGCAUGGGUUUUGUAUUGAAAAAGCUUGUUGUAGAAAGUGUGUGGAAAGCGUAGAAAAUUAUUAGAUGCAGAGACAACUGUUGUCAAUGUUCUUGUUGAUUUCCUUCCAGUUUUUUCAAUAUUUUUAAUAACAUUGAGAGAUUAUUGAGUUUAGUCCUGUGUUUUGUUUAAUGUUACAUCAUAAAUGCUUUGACAUGUUAUAAAAAUUCUAAAUAAAUAAUUUUUAAUGGCCUCAUAAUAUUCCA